CAGCACCAGGACCCCGACGAGGUGGUCCACGACUCACCUGCGUGGACGCGGUUCUGCUGCAGCUCAAACUUCACACAGGCCUCGUCCAGGUGCUGCGGGCGCAGCUUGAAGCUGGUCCGGUGGUCGAAGCGCAGGCCGGAGCGGUGGUCAUGGCCCGGUCCGGUCGUCCUGCGUCCGAGAGCUUCCAGCCGUCCGGUUCCGCGGCCUGUCAGUCGUCGACUGUGGGCCGGGAGGAUGACGACGACCACGCGCCCAUCUUCUCUCUGUCCAAGAGCUCCAUGGACGUGGUCGCGGCCUCAGGGCCGUCGUCCCAGCGGGACCCCGUCUGGAGCGCCCUGGACCUGCGGCGCAGCCUGAGCACCAACACCCCCAGCGACCCGAGCUCCGCGGCGCUCCACAGGCUGCGUCCUCACGCGUGGCAGCGCAAGAGUGCGUCUCACAGCCUGCAGCUGCCGCUCGCCGCCCCCGGCGCGGACACGCACGCCCCCCCGGCCCCCGGCGAGCGCUGGAGCGCCUGCAGCGCCUGCAGCGCCUGCAGCGACGGCACGCUCAGCCGCAGCAGCACCCCGGACACCGUGGUGUGUGCCGGCGCCUCGCGGCCGUCCAGUCUGGGCCACGACGCCUCAGAGUCUCCUCUGUCCAAAGUCACGUCUCCAUCCAGCACCCCCUCGCCCUUCAUAUCACCGCUCUGCACACCUCCAGCGCCCGCUGGUCCAACGCCGACCACCCCCAGCACAGACGGGCCUGGAGCCCAGCUGGCCUCAUCGCCCGGACCCUCACCAGGGACCCGCAACUCCUCCUCCUUUGCAUCCAACGCAGAGGACGAAGGCUUUCUGGAGAAUAAUGUGCUCUUUUUUCAGUUCCCCUCCCCGAUCCCAUCCUUGGUUAAUGUAGCAGAAGGCGGUGGGUCGAUAGAACACAAAUGCUUUGUCAAGGAUUCGUUAGAGCCGCUGUCGGAGGCUGCAGCAGCAAGCCCAGAACCGGAGCUCAGCUCCAUGACGCCCAGUCCUCCCGCAGGAGAGGAGGCGGAAGCUCCAGUCUGUGGCCUCCAGCUUCCGUGGCAGCCAGAGCAAAGCUGCUGGACCGGCCGCGCUUGGAAGUCGCCCCUGGUUUCUUCUCUGAGCGACUCACGGUUGGAUGACGUCCACAGGAUUAAGUUGCACACAGGAGAUGGCGCCACCAAGGAUCCAAAGGCUGAAGUAUUCAGGCAGCGGGAAAUGGUGGAUGCGGCGGUGCAGACCGUUUCCCCCGUCUGCUCCUGGUGGGACCUCAAGAGGAACAUGGACUCCCACUCCCUCCUGGGCUCGCCUCCUGGAUCCAGACUCAACCUGAAGUCGUCGGUGGGGUCCAGCUCCAAUCUGGUGUCCCCGUCUUCCAGCAUGUUUCCAGUGAGCAGUGGGGAGGAGGAGGAGAGAGCGGGGGACAACCCCACGUGGGACAUCAACUCUGCCUCCGUACAGGAUCUGGAGAGGAGGAGGUCGUGUCUGAAGAUGCAGGCGGACGAGGCGGACGAGCUGGGGAGGAGGAGCAGCAUGAAGCAGGUGCAGUGGGAUGAGGACGGAGUGAGGUGGGACGCUCACGGAGCAUCUGUGGACCCAGAGGUGCUGAACACAGCCAUACUCAAACAUCUGGAACUGCAGAACAGCCCACAAGCACCGAGAAAAAGCUCGAAGAAGAAGAAAGCACCGAGGCCUCCUCUGCUGCUGAAUGCAGUCAAGGCCACAGCGCCAGAACUGGGUCCACCCGUGGCAACGCUCACGUCCGCCUGUGUGGUGGAGGACGACAGCGAGGAGACACCGGAGGCCGAUGGAGGGACGGAAAUGGAGGAGGGAGGCAGAAAGAAAGAGGCAGCGGGAACGGGUGGAAGAAUGAGCAGAGCGGAGGAUUCAAACACCAAAGACGACGAGGAGGAGGUUUACGGAGAAGAGGGCUCCAUCCAGCCGUCACCGCGUGGGAGCGGGCCGACCCGGAAGAGGAGCGUGAUCCGGUCCCUGAGGCCCGGCUGGUGCGGAGGCAGGAAGGCAGAGGACUGAAGCCGGUUCACUUCACCACGUAGCUCCCACGAGUUCUGAGUAGCGAAAGGAACUUUUAGAGCUCAUACAAUUUGCUGUUUAGUGACGGUUUUCAUUCAGUGAAUAAAUGAGUAACAACAAAACAUCUGUUGAUGUAGAUUCUCAAUAAACUGUUCUUUACAGGUUGAUGUGCUAUAAACAACAGUUCAAAGCUGGUUUAACUGACGUAUUGUGGUUUCACUUUUCCUCUGAGGACCCACAAAAAGCGAGAGAGGCUCAGUUCAAAUCGUUGUUUGGGAACUAACACCAAAACGCACGCACGCACGCACGCACGCACGCACGCACGCACGCACGCACGCUCGCUCGCUCGCUCGCUCACUCACUCACUCACUCGCUCACUCACUCACUAACAACACGUAGUGGAGUUGAACAUAAACCUGGUGAACCGCUGCGCUGAGGUGUGACCAUUCAGGCGCUGGCAUUCAGAUGAGCGCGCACAUUCUCUCUCAUUCACCACAGAGAAAACCCUCCACUGACUAGUGGCUUCCACUGCAGCUCCUAGGGUCACAUUUAAUGGGAGCAGCUGCUGUUUUCCCAUCACUUAAAGCAAACAUUACAGGACGACUUCUGAAGGCCUGUAGUCACACAUCCUUCACACACUCAUCUGGACAUGACGCCUUCAUCAUCAUCAUCAUCGUCGUCCACAGGAUCGUUGGGCUGUAAAAGUCUGGGACUCUCCAACUCACUCAGAUUCGCCCUCUGGGACCAAAACAGACUUCAGCGCCCUGUUGUUCGGCCGUAGUUUGGGAGAAUAAAGGCCCCUGCGUCACUGCCGGGGUCGUGUGGCAUGAUGUGAUGUUUGUCCUGUGAGGACGCAUGUGA